AUGAUGACACCCUUUUUCUCCCAUGGACUCCUCUUGCUAGCAGGCCUGUGUUACCUGCUUUCCAGAACCCAAGCUACAUAUGAAGAAUUCUACAGUGACACAAGCAUUAAUCGUUUUAAUUGCCGGAAGGUAGCUCUCACCAUCAGCAAUUUUUCCAUCUCUUUGUACAAAGAGAUGGCGCAGGAGUCAAAACAUGAAAAUAUUUUAUUCUCCCCUGUUAGAGUUGUUGCUUCGAUUUUAAUGCUCUCCCUAGGAGCCAAUGGUAAUGUUAGCCAACAUACCCUGGAGGCCCUAAAGCUCAACAAAACAGGCUUGUCUGAAGCUGAGAUCCACAAGUGUUUCCAGUAUCUACUUCGUGCCCUCAACCAGCCCAACGAGGUGUCCCCACUGAGAAGUGGUAGCAGUGUGUUCAUCCACCGGAACCUGAACCAGGGGAACAAAUCUGUGGAGAUGAUCAAGAACCUGUACUUAUCUGAAGUCGUGGCUAUCAACUUCAGAGACUGCAAUGAAGCCAAGACCCAGAUCAACAAUCAUAUGAUGAAGAAAACCAACAGGAAAAUCAUGCACAUGACCAAAGAGCUGAAGAAUGACACAUUCCUUGCCAUGAUGAACUACAUUAUCUGGAAUGGCAAAAUUAUCAGCAACUUUGAUUGUCAGUUCAUCAAGAUGGAGAAUUUCUACCUAGGACGUAGGCAGGCCAUGAAAGUACCGAUGGUCAACAACGUGGGUGUGUAUCAUCUGUUCCAAGUCAACGAUCUGUCUAGCACGGUGCUAAUGCAUACCAACAACAAAGGCAGCGCCAUAGCCUACUUCAUCAUACCUAAAAACAAGAACUUGUACAAGGUAGAGGAGAGAUUGACUUUCCCACACUUCCGCCGGAUGACUCAACAAUUUAGCCUAAGGAUGGUCAAGGUACACAUACCCACAUUGUCACUGUCUGAGUCUCAUGACGUGGACACAAUAAUGGAGCUACUAGGAAUCACCCCUGUUUUCAACAAGAAAGCCAACAGCUCAGUGAUCAUGGAACAAACACCUCAGAAGUCCUUCAAGGUGGUUAGUAAGGCCAUGCUGACCCUCGAUGAAAUGGGGAUAAAAUCCACUACAGGUUCAUGCAUUGAAAGUAAACAAUGGUCUGAUAUUCCUCUUGUUAGACUAAAUAGACCCUUCAUACUCUUCAUCCAGGACCCAGAAAACAAAGCACCCCUCUUUUUAGGUAGGGUAGUCAAUCCCAGAGAGUAA